UGGCUCUGUCUCGUGGUCGUGCGUGAGUUAUGCUUCUUGAGUUUGCCCUUGCCUACCCACCCGCCUCCGCCGAUCCCCAUUCCAACCCGCGACUGCGAGCGAGGCGAGUAGGGCGGCUUCGUCGUUCGUCCUGCUGCUUCCGCCGCAUCCAUCCUGAUAUGACUUGUUGAGUGGAAAGAAUCAAUAUAGUACAAUCUAUUUUCUUCUCAAUGUGUAGAAGAAACAGUCUGUAACCAUACAUACUUAUUAAUACGACUAGUGAAAUCUAGACAUGGACGAUGAGAAUGGCCUUGAGCUUAGCUUGGGUCUCUCUUUGGGUGGGACAUCAGGAAAGUCUAAGGCUAGAGAUGCUCCUCUAGAACCUAAAGCAGAGCCUCAAGUGGAAGAGAGCAGUAGCAAAGGUGUUUCACAAACUCCUGAGGCUCCUUUUGUGCAUUACUAUCAAACAAAUGCAGAGAACCAAGAACACAGUAGCAAGCAGAGACACAGCCCUGCUGCACCACCGUUUGGGAACUUUUGGGGACAGCCAGGGAGUUCUUCUGUUCCUGUGGCAGAUGGAUCCAAUGAACAGAAGCCAGUCUCUAGUAAACGGAAAUUACUUUCUGAGGAGAUAAGUUUUCAGAAGAAACCUAAUACAGCUGCUGAGCAACCUGAUGCAUUUAGUAAGAGCUCUGACGGUGGUGUAAAAAACGCUCCUAUUUCAAUUAGCACGGAUGAUGGUUCAACAGGUGAAAACGAGGAUGUUGCAGAAUCAGAAGCAGAAGGCUCAAACUCUUGGUUGGUUGCACAGCGUGAAGACAGUGCUAAGGGAUCUGUUGUCAAUAGAGGAUCUGACAGAAAACGAUCCAGUGAUGAUGCUGCAGUUGGUUUUCAAGGAAAGAGGCAGCCAAGUUUCUCAGGAAGUGAAUCCAGCUCUGGAAAAUUGCCACAAGGAAAUCCUUUGUCAUUGCAAGCAUCAAAUGUUGUUGCUGUGCCAUAUCAAGUCCCGUCUCAGGUUUCAGCUCCUCCCAGUAUUACCAAUGCAUCAAAUUUCACUCCAGUAUGUACAGUGCAGUUGAGGCCACCUACAAACAAUGGACUAGCUGUUACAAUGGGCAGUACCUCUCAGGUAGCUUUUGGUUAUCCAGCUGUCCAGCUACCAACACUUGAAACAAGCUCUUCAUGGGCUUUUGGUGCUCCACCUCAGGCUAUGUCCUCUUUUACUGCAAAAGACAAAGUUGAACGAGCAGGAAUCAGUCAAGCUGACGAUGGCAAGAAAACUCAAGAGGCUGGUGCUUCCUCUUCUGCUCUUGUGGAGGAUGACAAGAAGUCUGAUAGGGCAUUACCUCUCAUGGGUUCUGCUAUAAGGCCAGGCAUUGCACCAAAUGUCAAAUUCGGAGGAUCUGGAUCGUAUCCUGACCUUCCCUGGGUUUCUACCACUGGUACUGGGCCAAAUGGCAGAACCAUAUCAGGUGUAACAUAUAAGUUUGGCAGAAACGAGGUGAAGAUAGUCUGUGCCUGCCAUGGCACCCACAUGACGCCGGAGGAAUUUAUGCGGCACGCAAGUGCAGAUGCUCCGGGCCAAGAAAAUAGUGCAACUUUGCCGGCAUUUCCUGUCGGGAACCAAGCAGCCUCAGCCCAAAACUAAUUCACCGAUCUGUAUGACGGUUUCAAUGAGUGCUGGACUAAUACCUGUUGCGCCCUUUGUGUUUAUAUCCUCCAUUCCUUAUACUAUUAUUAUUAUGUAUUGGUGCUCAUAUGAUAUUUAUCUUGUAAGUUUAGACACGUCAUGUUUUAUGCUUGAUGUUGAGGAUAAAUUUGUUGUAUGUCUUUAACUUAUUAUUAUGCAUCUUUUUAGGAGGAUCAAACAAGUCGGAGCUUUAAAUAACCUGAAUUCCGCUGUAGCCAUAUGGAAUCAUGUGGAUUUUUUGCCAAUUGAUGUUGUGGUGGAAUAAAAUGCGGCAUGUCUUGAAUUACA